GUGGGUCGCCUUCGAGGACAUGGGCGACAAGUAUGCUACUCUGCGGCGGGCACAGCUGCAUCUGGAUUUCAUCCACGCCAACUCAGAUGCUGGGGCUGCAAGACUCGACGUGUUUUCAGUGGAUAAUGAAGAACUGCAGGGCGGAUUCAUGUUGUGCUUCCUGGAUGAUGGAUGUGGUAUGAGCCCUGAGGAAGCCUCAGAUAUUAUUUACUUUGGAACAUCCAAGAAACGGUUAUCAACCUUGAAGUUUAUUGGACAGUAUGGCAAUGGUCUUAAAAGUGGGUCCAUGAGGAUUGGAAAAGACUUUAUUCUUUUCACAAAGAAGGAAGAAACGAUGACCUGUGUUUUUUUCUCUCAGACAUUCUGUGAAGGAGAAGGUCUGAGUGAGGUUGUAGUUCCAAUGCCUUCGUGGUUAACCAAAAACAGAGAACCUGUCACAGAUGAUCCUCAGAAAUUCUCAACGGAAUUGUCUAUAAUUUAUAAGUACUCUCCAUAUAAAACCGAAGCUGAAUUAAUGCGGCAAUUUGAUAUAAUCUAUGGGAAAUGUGGUACUUUGCUGGUUAUUUAUAACUUGAAGCUUCUGCUCAGUGGAGAACCAGAGUUGGAUGUUAAAACUGACAAGGAAGAUAUACUGAUGGCUGAAGCUCUUGAGGAUUUCCCAGAGAGAUGCUCAUUCAGAGCCUACACCUCUGUUCUGUAUUUUGACCCUCGGAUGAGAAUAUUUAUUCAGGCCAAAAAAGUUAAAACAAAACACCUAUGUCAUUGCCUCUACAAACCCAGAAAGUAUCUGUAUAUUACAUCUUCUUUUAAAGGAGCAUUUAAAAAUGAGGUUAAAAAGGCAGAAGAAGCAGUAAAGAUUGCUGAACUUGUGUUGAAAGAUGCUCGAAUUAGAGUCAACCAGCCUGAUAGAACUUCCUUGUCUUCUCCCGCCAAGGAUGUAUUACAGAAAGCUUUGGAAGAUGUGGAAGCAAAGCAUAAGAUUCUUAAAGAGAAACGGAGGGAAUUAAAAACAGCAAGGACACUCUCUCUAUUCUUUGGAGUGAACACAGAAAACCGAAACCACGCUGGGAUGUUCAUUUACAGUAACAACCGCUUGAUCAAGAUGCACGAGAAAGUGGGCCCGCAAUUGAAACUGAAGUCCUUGCUUGGUGCAGGCGUGAUUGGAAUUGUCAAUAUACCUUUGGAGGUCAUGGAACCAUCUCAUAAUAAGCAGGAAUUUCUCAAUGUCCAAGAAUAUAAUCAUCUGCUAAGAGUCCUGGGACAGUUCUUGGUCCAGUACUGUAAGGACACUGGGAUCAGUAAUAGAAACCUUACAUUAUUUUGGAAUGAAUUUGGAUACCAGAAUAACAAGGACACAGAGAGGUCUUUAGAGUCUAUUCAGUAUCAAAGAAGACAAGCCAUGGCCAUCCCAUUCAUCAUUCAGUGUGAUCUUUGCCUUAAAUGGAGAGUCUUGCCUCCCUCUACUGAUUAUCAGGAAAAAGAACUUUUGGACACCUGGAUUUGUGCUAAUAAUCCCAACCUCUCAGAAAACAGUUGUCAUCAGGCGGAACGCUUACCUCCCAUCCCCCUGGGCACCGUGAGCACAGUGUCGCUAUCAAAAAAUGAGAAAGAGAAGCGACUUCAGGAGUCAGUCCGAAGGUAUCAGGAUCAACUGGCAGAACAGCAGCUGGAGUUUAUACCAAAAAGCAGGAUCGCUGAGUCCACUACCAUCUGCCGAAUUUCAGCAUCUAAGGAAAAUACAAAACCUAGGAAAAUCAGGCCUUCAGGUUAUGACUUGAAGCAUGAGUCUCUUGCAUCCUUUGAGCUCUCAGCUGGCCAAAGAAGCUGGAAGAGCAACACGGAAGGGACGGACUCUGAUGUGGAGUUCGUUUCAGAGACUAAAGUGAUGAAGUCUACAAGGAAGAAGACAGAGCCACAGCAGAGACACCCAGCAGCCCUCCCAGAAAAGGUCAGGCUCACUGAGAGAGCCCAGGUGUGUCAGAUUGCUAAUAUCAGCACAUCAGCAAAAGUGUGGAGAGCUCAACCAACUGAAAGGCCCCCAAAGGAUAUGCCUGCCUCUUCUUGGGAAAUGAAAAGGAAGGAGAAUCAGAACCUUGUGCAAGAAUGUCAGGGUUUGAUUGAAGUUGAAACCAGCAACAGCAAUCAAGAUAUAAUCCUGAUUUUAGAUCAAAGUGACGACAGUGUUUUCUUGAAACAUGAAAAAAAGGAAGUUCCCCUUAUGAAAAAAGAAAAACAGGAGCUGUGCAGUGACACUGCAGAAAUAAAGAGAAACUCUUCAUUACCUAACUGGAAAAGCAUUCCUGUGGAAGACUUAGGUCCAGGUUCUGGACAUAGAGCCAGAGCUGCUGUGAGUAGUGGCUGUGAAGUUGGUUCUUCGCUGACAAAGUCUUCUCAGAGCCCAUCUGUCAAGGAAACAGUAAGAAAACUGACAUCUAAUUUAUGGGAGAUUAUUCUGUAUUUCUUUCCUGAGUACCAGCUACCAUCGGAAAUUGGCUACUCAUCUGUGGAGGAAUUUGUGGCAAGCUCAGAGCUGGAGCAGUGCACAGAGCAGACAAACAGAAAGCUGAAAAUGUGUUUCCAGCAGAUCCAGGAUGUGUACAUGGCCCAAUAUGCAAAAAAACUGAAGAGAACAACACAGUCUAUUAUCUAUGAUGCUAACAAAAGAGGAGUGAUGAAUGAAAUAUCUCUGGUGCAAUGUGAACAUAAAAGAAAAGUUACUGAAGAUAGACUGAACAAUCUUCGUGUAAAACUGGCAGCAUUGCUGCAGAAACUUCAGCUGGGAGGUCCAGUAGGAGACAUGGAGCAGAUUGACAGUUAUUUAGAAGCUUUGCUUAAAGAAGAUCAUCUUUUUGGGAAUACUUUCAAUAAAGGAAGUACAGAUGCAGGACAUAGUCUCCCUUUAGAGAACAAUGAAAGUACUUCUCAAAACUAAAAAUCAGAAAAGUCAUUCCUUUCUUUAAAAUGCUAAUAAGAAAAAGGAAACUUAUUUUCAAAAAAAUAUUUCCUCUUGUUAUUGUGAAGUUUGUCCUUUUUGACACUGAAGAAAUUGUACUAGUUAUACUUUGGAAAUGGAGGGUGAUUAACACUUUACAUACUUCCCCGUCAUACUCCCUAACCCUUUCCGUUCUUUCAGGAACUAUUUCUCUAGUUCUGUAAUUCCCAGGUGAGCAACUAAGAAAGAUGAAAAUGCCACUUAGGCUUAAAUUUUGAUUUUACUUAAAAAACUGGAAAACAGUGGUUUUCAAAAUCAAUAUACACAGAACUACAGAAUCACCUCCUUCUGAAACGUGUUGAGAAAGACAAGGAUUGUGCCCUUUCUCCACUACAGCCCAUACUCAGCAGAAAAUACAAAUCUUCAAAAGACUUUGAGCUAUACUAUAGAUCAUAAUUUUCUUAUUGUGCUAUUGUAAAAGAAACACUCUUCUAAGUAUAACUUGAAUGCACAUUAAACAUAU